AGGGAGAGAGAUGGUUAUGUAGUGCAGUUCAGGCCAUACAACGUUCUCUCUGAAGAGGAUUUCUGCUGUUUACGAAAGGCAUCAGAGCAUCCUUCAACUCCUGGGUACAUCUUCAUAACACGCAAUCAUGAAGGUGGCGUCCUUCAACGUCAGAAGAUUGGGCACAAGCAAAGUGGCUGAUAAGAAUGUCCUGAAAUAUCUCAUCAAGAUUGUGUCCCGUUACAGUGUCUUCUUGAUCCUAGAAGUGGUUGAUAGGACUGGCCAGGCCAUGACAACGUUCCUUAAAGAGCUAAAUGACACAAGGGCCAACAAGAAGCAUCCUUACACCAUGGUGAAGAGUACCAGACUGGGGCGCGACACCUACAAGGAACAGUUUGUCUUCCUCUACAGAGAGGACCAUGUGAAGCUGACUGACAGCUAUCAGUAUAAGGACAACCAGGUGGGAGACGAGGACGCCUUCGCUAGAGAGCCCUACAUCCUCCGCUUCACCUGUCUCAAUACAGUGCUGAAAGACCUCGUGUUGAUCCCGGUGCACACCAAGCCUGAAGACUCUGUGAAGGAAUUGGAUGAGCUGUACGACGUCGUGAAAGUAGUGAAGAGGAAGUGGAAGACUGAUAACAUCAUGAUCCUGGGCGAUUUCAAUGCGGACGGAAGUUAUGUCACCAAGAAAGGCAUGACGAAUAUCCGUAUCCGUAGUGACAAGAAGUUCCACUGGGUGAUUGGAGAUGAUGUGGACACCACAGCCAACACAAGCAACGACCACACCUACGACAGGAUUGUGAUGUACGGGGAUGAUAUGUUGGAGGCGAUGGUCCCCAACUCAGCCAAGCCCUUCAACUACCACAAAGCCUUUCACUUAUCUGAAGCUAUGGCUUUGAGUAUCAGUGACCACUACCCUGUAGAGGUGGAGCUGACGACGGCUGAAACUGUACCACAGAAGAAAGAGGAAAAAGAGAUAGAGGAAGUAGAGACUCCCAGUGUAAAUCCAAUACCACGGAAGAAGAAAAGACUCGUGAGAAAGUUAAUAGGGAAGUCAAAACAAGCCUAGAUGUAUAUAAAUAAUUAUAUUCUAACUGUAAAUCUGUUUCUGUUUGUUUCAAAUGUUUCAAGUGCUUUACUUAAUAAAGACCUACAUGCAAUAUUCUAUGUAGGAAAUGUUAUUUUACGAUAAAACAUUUUCUCAGUAAACC